AUGACACAGAACGGAGCAUCGCAAAUCCCCGAAAAUGUACUCAAGUGUGCAUACACACGCAUCACCGAUGAUCUUCGGCAGGCCCUCCUAAAGUGCAUUGAUUCUACUAAGAAGGCACGCACAUUUGGGAGCGUUUUUGCAGAACCGGUUGAUUACGUUGCGUUGGGCAUACCAGACUAUAUCGAGGUCAUUAAGCGGCCGAUGGACCUCAGUACUCUCAAGAGCAAUUUACUUGUUGGCGAGUAUAUCUUUCUCCACGAGUUCCUCAAGGACGCAGAACUUAUCUUUUCCAACUGUAGGACGUACAACGGAAUGUCGAACGACGGAUACUUUUGGAAGGCCGCCGAAGAGGUUGAGAAGUUUUUCAUCAAUACAAUCUCGCGCAUAGAUGGCUUGAACCUCACUUUAGACAUCUAUAAGAAGAUAGUCCAAUCUCCCAUACCUGUCAUUCCAGAGUACAGUGAGCUUCCUAUGACGGUCUCCGAACUGCAGAUAAUGAUCAAGAGAAUGUCCGAACUGCCCAAGCCUGCGUUGACAGCGUGCAUCCAGUACUAUCUGCAGAGGAAAGGUGCGAGCGCGGAGGAGAUGGCCGGGAAAGAGUUUACUUUGCACUUUGUCAGCACUGACAGCGCAAUCCUUAGAGACCUUGACAAACUAAUAAGAAAGAAAGCAAUGGAGGCCAAAGAAAACAAAACUCAACGGGCAAAGAAGCUAAAGCAUUGA